AGUUAUGGCGGCGCGCUGUCCAUUUCCGGAUUUGUUUGAAGGCUGUGUUGACGGCGUAUAGUUGGGACUUUUGGCAUAUUUCGUCAACCAACUUCAAUCUGUCAACGUAACUAAGCAAAGUUAGAAGUGCAUUGUUUGGAUUUUAUAAGGACGUUUCCUUUUAUGCACUUUUCUAGCUUGCCAGGGCUAGCUAAACUAGCGACCGGGUACCAGCGAAUGCUAGUUGCUACUCGUUUGGAUUCAUCGCUUUCAUUUUUAAUGACGGUUUAGCUAGUUUGGCUACUUUUUAAAAGGUAUGUUUUCAUUCAUUUUCAGUCGAGUGUGGCGAAAGUGGGAUUUGAACUGAGCACACGAUUGCUAUUAGUCGGUGUCUUUACUUGACCUGCAGGUGCAGGUUCUGGAGGGAAGAGGCUGGUAGAAUACUGUUUCAGUGACAGUCAACAUGCUGAAGACCCGUCAGUGUUUACUUGGCAUUCGCACUUUCCUCGGAGUGACGUCUAGAAUAUGGGGGUUAAUUCUGUACAUACUCAGGAAACAUUUAAGGACGGUGAGUAUUCUAGAACUAAAUAUGUAAUACAUUGGCCCCUACGAUGGGAUUUCCCCAAAUCAAUAUCACUUGGAUAACUGAUAAUGGUAGUUGGAUAAACUAAUAACACACUUGGCCCAUUUGGACUUGCCAAUGCUCUUGAGACAGUCCUUCUGAAGCUCACACACACACACCAAUAUGUAUAUUACAAGGUCUGAAUGGUACUUCUACUGUACUAUAUGAUAACUGAAAUAUUGGAAAAGGUUAUUGUUUUGUAGCCACAACAACUCUGACUGUGAGUAUACAUUUACACCUACUGAAAUUCCUUCUUUACUUCUUGGUUUUGCUCAUGCUAGGAAAGCAAAAAAUGCAUUGCACAGGAAGAAGCAGAGUUGUAUUCUGACAUCUGUCAUGGGCAGUGUUUAUGACACUGUAUGGUGAUGAUUGGACUCUGGACUUUGGAUAUGGAUUUAGAUGUUUCAGGUGUAACUAAGCAGAGCUGGGAACUCUAUACACACUCUGAAAUAGUAUUUUAUUUCAAGUAUCAUACUUGAAAAUAAGAAAUGCAAGAGCACCAGGAUAAACCAAAACAUCUGAAUCUGACUCUACUUUUUACAAAAAAGUGCAAAUGCUGACUUUUACAAGACCUAAACCAAGUUCUCUCAUAAAAUAUGAUUAUCAUUUUUCUGAAAAUAUUUUUUUACCAGUUUAGCUGACAAUUGUAUAUUGCCUAGUAGAAAUGCUUGCUGUAUAGAUGGUUGUAUAUUCCCUCUCUCUGUUGACGCACUGUAGUGUAACCUAGAGCUUCCCAUCUGUUCAGAUUUGAUAAUGGCUCUUCAGACAAACAACCCAUUAGGAUGACCUUUCCCUGUUUUAUGUAACCACUUGACUAAGGGCGUCAUUUCUCUCCAACUAGCCAACUAUAAUCAGCGUGGUAAGCCCUAUUAGCCACUCACUCCAUUGUUCAGCAGAUCCUAUAACACGUUUUUGCUGCAGAACCGAACCAAUCCACUGUAGUAGGAAAAGGAGAAAGUAAUAGCUGGACAUUCUGUCAAUAAUGCGUGGUGACUGUAAGCAGGUUUUUGUUUGUAUCAGCUCUACAAUACCAGCUAAAGUAUCCUACUCUAUCUGUGUGUGUGCACAAAGGCCUCACAAGGCUGCCUGCCUUGAAACUACCCGUUGCGUUGCAUCUGACAGUCCUUGACAGCUGAGGAUGUGUGUGCUUGAGUAUGUGUCUGUUAAAUAUAGCCCCGGUGCAGAGGGCAAAUUGAAGUGUGAGUCCUGGAGGAGAACCACUGUGUAGGUGUCUAAUCUAUGUUGGAGGAAUAUUUGAAAGAACAGAACAGUGACAAACUGUGUUGGUGUCAUUGGAACUUAAUUUCCACAUGUCUGGAACCCAUUGAAAUCUUAUGUAGUUCCAGGUGCAUAGUAAAAAACUAAAUAUUUGACAACUCCAGCACACUGCUAUUGCUCUACAAUGUAUUUAACAAAUGGCCUAUUGUGUUUAUAAAAAAAACAGUUUUGGGAAAUUGUCAUUCUUCAGGUUCUCAAUUGUGACAGUUGCUCAUCUCGCCCUCUGCAGAUAAUCCAGUACCAAACAGUGCGUUAUGACACAUUACCUCUGUCGCCUGUGUCCAGAAACAGACUCAGUAAGUAUCCUGUUUACUUUCAACAAUACUAUAAUAAUAAUAUAUUUAUUUUAUAUAGCGCUUUACAUUAUACAGAUAAUCUCAAAGACGCUUAAAAACAAAAGUACAUGUAGUUCUUGGGACGAACAAGUCAGUAAGACAGGUCCGGAUCAUCAGGCCAGCCCUUGCAAUCCCCAGCUUCUCUGCAGACUCAGUGGGUAGAGACUCCUCAAACGACAUGUAGCACCUACCUGGGUGAUGCCGGCAUCCUUUAGAUUUCUCUAGUGCGCCAGAGGCUCACUACACAUCAAUUAUUGGGAUAGUCCUCCUUGGAGUGAGAGAUCCACUACAACAAGCCUCUGUGAUGUCCAAGCCUGUGCUAUCUCCAGUUUAAAAUAAAAAUGAAAGCAAGCUAGCCUCUGGGCUAUCUGGACAAAACUGACUUGCCGGUCUUAUGAGACCGCUGAAUAGGUAUAUAAAUAAUUAAAACUUACUAGGCUAACAAAAUAAAAUAAAAAAUGCAAUAAAAAAACACAAACAAUAAAAUAUUUUAAAAUGUACAGGAGCUCUCUGCCUAGUCUACCUCAUGGCGCCAUGGCAACCACAAAUUCAUAGUGUCUUAUAAGAAGGUCAAAGGGUCUUAGCCUGGUCCCAGAUCUGUUUGUGCUGUCUUGACAAUCUUAUUGUCGCUAUCAUGAUUAGCAGGACAUUGACAGUAAGAGUUGGUGUGACGGAACAAACAGAUCUGGGACUAGGCUAUGAAACCAGGGAUCUAUGGCUUAGGUAGAAAUUGAUAAAUGAGAGGUUACUUGUUUAGUUUUUCUCUCUGGUAUUGACUGUGAUUGGGCUCUUGCUCAUCAGAUGCUGUUAAGAGGAAGAUUCUGGUGCUGGAUCUUGACGAGACCCUAAUUCACUCCCACCAUGACGGGGUGAUGAGACCCACAGUGAGACCAGGCACUCCACCAGACUUCAUCCUAAAGGUAAUACGUUCACUGUCUGACUGAUUUUAAUUAACGUCACCUUGUCAACACACACACCAGACUGACCAACACUCAUCGUUCACUCAUUAACUCCAGGAAUGUGUCUCCUAACCUUACCUGCUUUCUCUUAUUUUCUUUCUUUUUCUUUCUCUCUCUUGUGAAGGUGGUAAUCGACAAACAUCCUGUCAGGUUUUUUGUACAUAAAAGACCGCAUGUGGACUUCUUCUUAGAAGUGGUGAGUGAUAGGCCUUUUGUGUCAAUAUCCAAAUAAUUAUUCAAAUAUACUAGUAAGCAUGGACAUUAUGGAGGAUUAAUUGUCUAUGUAAAUGAGUUUGUGUUUGUAGGUUUUCAAGAGGCUAAGGAAAUUAUAAGUAUUGUGUUUAUUCUCUCUACUGUAGCUCUUGGAGAUGAGGAUAAAUGUGUUUGUGAAAAGUGCAUUGACCUAGCAUUAAUUCUAAUUUGAGGUUGUAGACUACAGUUAAUUCAUUUGUAAUUGAUUAAUCACUUGUACUUAUUUUGAACACAUUUGUCUGGUGGUUCUCUCUUGCCUGUUUGUUUCUCUUUUCUUAGGUGAGUCAGUGGUAUGAGCUGGUGGUUUUCACGGCCAGUAUGGAAAUCUAUGGCUCAGCUGUGUCUGACCAGCUAGACAAGGACAGGGACAUCCUGAAACGAAGAUACUACAGACAGGUAAACAAACCCACUGACAUGUUCACUUCAGCUCUGUACAGUUAUGCACCCUGCUCAGUCUUACAGUCUGAGGGCUGGUUUCCUGGACAUAGAUUAAGCUUAGUCCUAGACUAAGCACUUUCAAUUCACUUUUAAUUCUGUGUCCAGGGAACCGGCCCUGAAUGUCUAUUUGUCAUUAUUUAGAGCAGGGGUGUUAAAUAUACGGCCCACGCCGGAUCCGACCCGCAAGCCCAUUCAAUCCGACCUACGGGUGGUUUGAGAAAAACACCUAGCUCAAUCGACAUUGACAUAACUAAAACCAAAUCGAAACUGUGUAGAAAUGAUAAUGGACCUACAUUUAUAGUCUCUUCACUCUGUCCAGCUUGCUAACAGUCAUCAGUCAGGGAGCAUCGAAAAUUCCAAAAGCAAUGGAUAGAGGACUAUGAAGACCGAAUGUGGCCCACGGGGAAAAAUUAGUUUGACACACCUGAUUUAGAGGUUCUCUCUGGAAAGGAUGUACAGUUAGACUUAUCACUCAUUUGCAACAUAUAAAACUCAAGUUUAUUCCUCUUUCUUUUCUCUGUCUAGCACUGUACAUUGGAUCUGGGUAGUUAUAUUAAAGAUCUUUCUGUGGUGCACAACGAUCUAUCUAGUGUAGUCAUCCUGGACAACUCGCCUGGGGCCUACCGCAGCCACUCUGGUAAGCAACUGCUACGAUGUUAUAUUUACUACAUGUACAGUGCCUUCAGAAAGUAUCCACACCCCUUGACCUUUUCCACAUUGUUGUUACAGCCUGAAUUUAAAGUAGAUUACAUUUUGAUUUUGUGUCAUUGAUCUAGACACAAUACCACUUAAUCUGAAAGUGGAAUUUCGUUUUUUAAAUUUUUUACAAAUUAAGUAAAAAUGAAAAGCUGAAAUGUCUUCAUUCAAUAACUAUUCAACCCCUUUGUUAUGGCAAGCCUAAAUAAGUACAGGAGUACAUAUUUGCUUAACAAGUCACAUACGUUGCAUGGACUCACUGUGUGCAAUAAUAGUGUUGAACAUGAUUUUUGAAUGACUACCCAAUCUCUGUACCACACACAUACAAUUAUCUGUAAGGUCCCUCAGUCGAGAAGUACAUUUCAAGCACAGAUUCAACCACAAAGACCAGGGAGUUUUUCUAAUGCCUGUAAUAGGAAAAAACUGAGGAUGGAUCAACAAGACGACAUCCGACGUUCCUUAGUGGCCUAGUUACAGUUUUGACUUAAAUCGGCUUGAAAAUCUAUGGCAAGACUUGAAAAUCUAUGGCAAGACUUGACAAUGGCUGUCUAGGAAGAUAAACAACCAACUUGACAGAGCUUGAAGAAUUUUUAAAAGAAUAAUGUGUAAAUAUUGUACAAUCCAGGUAUGCAAAGCUCCUAGAGACUUACCCCAAAACACUCACAGCUGUAAUGGCUGCCAAAGGUGAUUGUAUUGACAAGGGGUUGAAUACUUAUCUAAACGCAUCUAAUCAAGAUACACUCGUCAAACAUCUCAUUCCAAAAUCAUGGGCAUUAAUAUGGAGUUGGUCCCCCCUUUGCUCCUAUAACAGCCUCCACUCUUCUGGGAAGGCUUUCUACUAGAUGUUGGAACAUUGCUGCGGGAACUUGCUUCCAUUCAGCCACAAGAGCAUUAGGGAGGUCGGGCACUGAUGUUGGGCGAUUAGGCCUGGCUCGCAGUCAGCAUUCCAAUUCAUCCCAAAGGUGUUCGAUGGAGUUGAGGUCAGGGCUCUGUGCAGGCCAGUCAAGUUCUUCCACUCCGAUCUCGACAAACCAUUUCUGUAUGGACCUCGCUUUGUGCACGGGGGCAUUGUCAUGCUGAAACAGGAAAGGGCCUGCCCCAAACAGUUGCCACAAAGUUAAAUUUUUUACAUUACAUUUUAGUCAUUUAGCAGACGCUCUUAUCCAGAGCGACUUACAGUUAGUGAAUACAUAUCUUUUUAUACUGGCCCCCCGUGGGAAUCGAACCCACAACCCUGGCGUUGCAAACGCCAUGCUCUAUCAACUGAGCUACAUCCCUGCCGGCCAUUCCCUCCCCUACCCUGGACGACGCUGGGCCAAUUGUGCGCCGCCCAUGAGUCUCCCGGUCGCAGCCGGCCGAAGUUGGAAGCACAGAAUCGUCUAGAAUGUCAUUGUAUGCUGUAGCGUUAAGAUUUCCCUUCACUGGAACUAAGGGGCCUAGCCAGAACCAUGAAAAACAGCCCCAGACCAUUAUUUAUCCUCCACCAAACUUUACAGUUGACACUAUGCAUUGGGGCAGGUAGCGUUCUCCUGGCAUCCACCAAACCCAGAUCCGUCUGUCGGACUGCCAGAUGGUGAAGCGUGAUUCAUCACUCCAGACAACGUGUUUCCACUGCUCCAGAGUCCAAUGGUGACGAGCUUUACACCAGUCCAGCCGAAAUUUGGCAUUGCACAUGGUGAUCUUAAGCUUGUGUGCGGCUGCUCGGCCAUGGAAACCCAUUUCAUGAAGCUCCUGACGAACAAGUAUUGUGCUGACGUUGCUUCCAGAGGCAGUUUGGAACUCGGAAGUGAGUGUUGCAACCGAGGACAGACGAUUUUUACGCGCUUCUGCACUUAGCGGUCCCGUUCUGUGAGCUUGUGUGGCCUACCACUUUGCGGCUGAGCCGUUGUUGCUCCUAGACCUUUCCACUUCACAAUAACAGCACUUACAGUUGACCGGGGCAGCUCUAGCAAGGUAGACAUUUGACGAACUGACUUGUUGGAAAGGUGGCGCCACGUUGAAAGUCACUGAGCUCUUCAGUAAGGCCAUUCUACUGCCAAUGUUUUGUCUAUGGAGUUUGCAUGGCUGUGUGCUCGAUUUUAUACAACUCUGUCAGCAACGGAUGUGUCUGAAAUAGCCAAAUCAACUAAUUUGAAGGGGUGUCCACAUACUUUUGUAUAUGUAGUGUAUAUUAGUGUUUUAUGUUUAAAAAAAUCGUAUAAUUUUUCUGCCACUUUGACAUAAGAGGAUUGUGUGUGGAUCGUUGACAAAAAAGCAGAAUUAAAUCAAUUUGAAUCCCACUUUGUAACUUAACAAUGUGUAAAAAGUCAAGGGGUGUGAAUACUUUCUGAAGGCGCUGUACAUGUGCGACAACUCACACAGGAAUAUCUCAUGUGUAAUUGCCUAUCUACCACACUGUUAUUCCAAACUAAGUUUAGGUAGAUGCCAAGUGCCAUUUUCCUGGGAUUGAGUUUGUACCCAAAAGGGGCUUAUUGGGUUAUGACCCUUUUCUUCUUUUGUCAUCAUUAAUCUGUCCUGUCUCCUUAUCCUCUUGUCAAACAUUUGUGUGUUCACCUCACAGACAAUGCAAUACCCAUCAAAUCGUGGUUCAGCGACCCAAGCGACACAGCUCUUCUUAACCUGCUACCCAUGCUAGACGCACUGAGGUAUGUCUCAAAGAUAUUACACCUGUGAUGAGCUGCCAAGACUAGUGACCCCUCAUCAUAACUCAUUAGUAUGUUGUUUUUCCAUAGUAAUGCUCCAGUUCCUCUUUUUCUUCCUCUCAAAUCUCAGGUUCACCUCAGAUGUCCGGUCCGUCCUCAGUCGAAACCUCCAUCAGCAUCGGCUAUGGUGAUUCGCCAUCGGUGCUAGCGUCCGCAGCUCCACUUCGUCUUUUUAGAAUGCCUUCUCUGCUGGUUGUUGCACGACCCCCCUCCUCUGCUCUGCCCACAUCUCCCUCAGCUCCAUGGUGUGUGACUCUUUUUAAGAAGGGUGAGGACAAAGACUGGGGGCCACAAAUACAGAGGGGGGAGCUACGUAUAAGGAAGGAAAACAAAGUGGAGAGGGCAAACUUUUUAUUUUUAAUUUUUCCUGAAUGGAAACUCUUGCCUUAAAGUCCUUGGAUUCUGGGAGUGCAUGUCGAGUGUUUGUGUAAACGUGAGAGUAUGCUUGCAUUAGGUACAUUUUUUGUUGUUGUUGAUGAAAUCUUUUAAACUAUUGACUAUGGAAAUACUGAUGAUAUGAGACUAUGAAGAAACCAGUCAUUCCUUAUAUCCCAUCACAUCUUAUUAUGGUUUAUUUCCCUAGAACUCAACUUUCUCCACUACUUUACCCAGUCUAUCAUUCUUUCUCAACAUUUCUGUAAAUCUCUUGCUUUUACCAUCUACAACUAAUAGAUAACUGAUCAAGCCUCAAUAGAACUGAAUAUUUACUCAGUGGUUAGUGAUGGACUGGGCCUGGUCAGGUUGGCAAUAUCUUUCAAUUAUUGGGAUGUAUGGAUUUUUACUGAGGAGUUGAACAGGUUGAAAUGAAAUAAUGGAAGUUGCAUCCAUUUGUUCAGAACGUAAUUUUUUUACUCUAAAAUAAAUUGCUGUAUUCUAUUCAGAGAUUUACCAAAAUGACAGAAAUGACUUGAAUGUUGUGUAGUUAAUACAGAAGUAAGAUUUUGACCAUACUUCUCCAUCCACAGAGCAAAGUUACGUUUUAUUUUCAUUUUUAUCAAGCUUUGUAUUCAUGAGCAUGUUUUCUUCCUUGGACUUUUUCAAGCCUGAAUUACACCCAUUCUCUUUCACAUUAUCCCAUUUCCUUCAAUGUAACUCCAACAUCCUGGCCCCAUUGAACAAUGUAAGCUAAGGCCUUGGAUGGGUUUCUGUUGGUCAGACAUCAAGUCUAUCAGUGUUUCCAAUAAAUUGCUUGGC